CCUUGAGGGUAGUUGUAAAAAGUGAUCAAAGAAAUAAUUUUACAACAGAAAUAAAAAAUUUAGCUUCCAACACAGAUAUAAAGACAACAUUAAAAGGUUUAUACCCAUUUAUCGAUGAUUUUGGUCUGCUUCGCGUGGGUGGCAGGCUCAGUGAAGCAAAUAUUCCUUACGACCAAAAGCAUCCUAUCAUAUUAGCUAAAAAUAGCAAAAUUACAGAAUUAAUAAUAAACAAAGAACAUAUUAGGCUUGGUCACGCUGGGCAAAAACAAAUAUUGAGUAGUUUGAACUCUAAGUUUUGGUUAAUUAAUGGAAACCGUGAAAUAAAAAAGCACAUUCAUGCUUGUGUUGUAUGUUUUAAAUUGAAAGCCAAAAUGGCCGAACAGCUAAUGGGAUCUCUUCCCCAAGAUCGGGUCAAUGCUAAUCGAGUAUUUUCUAUAACAGGUAUUGAUUUGUGUGGUCCCUUUAGUAUCAAACAGUCAAGAAUUCGUAAAGCCAUUGAAACAAAGGCGUAUAUCGUUGUUUUUGUAUGUUUUGCUGUUAAAGCAAUUCAUUUAGAAGUUUUGUCGGAUAUGACUACGCAAAAUUUUUUGGCAGGAUUGAAGAGAUUUAUCUCACGUCGAGGAAAGCCUUCCAAAAUUUAUUGUGACAAUGGAGGUACGUUCGUGGGAUCGAAUCUUGAAUUAAACAAGUUGUACGAUAGGGCUAAAUCUCACGGUAAUCAAAUUAUAGAUUAUGCUGCAAACGAAGGUAUAGAAUUUAAGUUUAUCCCAAGCUAUUCACCCGUGUUUGGAGGACUUUGGGAAGCAGGGGUAAAAAGUACCAAAUUUCAUCUAAAAAGAAUUGCUGGAAAGGCUUUAUUAACGUAUGAGCAGUUAAAUACGAUAGUUGUGGAAAUAGAAGGUAUACUCAAUUCUAGACCGAUAACCCAAAUUACAAAUGAUCCUUCAGAUUUAUCUUAUUUAACACCAGCCCAUUUCUUAAUUGGGGUACCCAUUACAAGUUAUCCCCAACCUGACUUGACAUUAAUUCCCGAAAAUAGAGUAAAUUAUUGGCAAAGGUGCAUAAAAAUGCAACAACAGUUUUGGGAGAAGUGGCACAAAAGUUAUUUAACUAUGCUACAAAAUAGACCUAAAUGGCAACAAAAUCGUCCAAAUCUUCAAGAAAACAUGUUAGUUGUUCUUAAGGAAGAUAAUAUCCCGCCGUUAUAUUGGCCGAUGGGAAGAAUUACGAAAAUAAUUUAUGGCAAAGAUCAAAAGGUUAGGGUUGUAGAAGUAAAAACCCAAAAGGGCACUUACCUUAGGACUCUGAGUAAGGUAGCUGUUUUACCGAUUAAUAAUUUGUAAUUAUAGAAUAAGGAUAACGAUAUGAAUAAUUAAAAGAUUACUUAAGAUUCUGAUUAAGGUACCUAGAUGUUUUACCGAUCAAUAAUAUGUAAUUAGCAUUAAGAAAAUUAAUAUGCCCAAUUAGUGUUGCCAACCUCAGACGUUAAGAAAAUGAGUAACCGGGCUUAAUCUAUGCGCGUGUGCUUUUUGUGACUUAGUAUGCGUGUUAACAGGCUCGAGAUUCGUGCUACAAGGUUUAUCUGUGUGGCAUACUCGUAUUUAUAAGAUCUGUUUUUAUUCGUUAGUAUGGUGCAUCAGUAAUAGCCGUUUAUUUGUCAUAAUUGUAGCUUUUCAAUCUUAGAAAAUGUACUUACCUAAACAUUUUAUAUUAUAAAUACCUACUUACAGCCUUAAAAUUAACCCUGUUAGUGGUAAGUCGUUAGUCUUUAGGUAACAGUUACGACAACAUGUCAAUGUUUUGGUGGCCCCAGCAUGUUAGGGACAAAACCCCACCAUACUAAUUAUAAUGCGAAUAGAGGGUAGGUCUUGAGACAGUUCGACAGAACAUGUGUGACAAGUGUCCGUUCACGACACACAUGGGUG